CAACGAUCGUAUCACGGUUCUUCAAUCCAUCACAGAAUCAUCACAAGUGAUUUUUGAUUCCCCCGACAACAUCUCCCAGUUGAGAACGAGUCUUUUCGAUUCUAAUUUGCGCCAUCUUGCAUCCUUCACGUCGCCGAGUGACAUGCCGGUGUGAUCAACAACAUCAACUCAAUGGAGGCAUUGUACCAUCGCAUCGCCUCAGAUCAAAGAAUUAGACGAUAUGGCUUACCUGUCCUCGGGGUCCUCUUUGGCAUACGCGCCCUCUCUACUGUCAACGCGUGGUUGUCACAAAGAGCAUUAAAUCACUACACUCCAAACUCGACAUGGAACUGGAAAAAGGAAAUCGUAGUCAUCACAGGGGGUAAUUCAGGGAUCGGUGCAAAGAUUGUGGAAAGGUUGGCCGCCAAAGGAGUCAAAGUCAUCAUUCUCGAUAUAACCGGUCCAGAAAAACCACACUCAGCUCCCAACGUGUCUGCAUAUCAACUUGACAUUAGUGAUUUGGAAUCUGUCCGGACGACGUGCAAUCGAAUCCGGGCUGAGCAUGGCCAUCCGACCGUCCUCAUCAACAACGCUGCUCUUGCUCUCGACGCUACGAUUCUAGGUAUACCGAUGCACGACGUCCAAAAGACUUUUGCCGUCAAUGUCUUUUCGCAUUUUCAACUGGUCCAGGAGUUUUUGCCUCGUAUGGUCGAAAAUGAUCACGGUCACGUAGUCACCGUCGCGAGUCUGGCUGCUCACGGCCCGCGGGCGGCGAAUGUGACAUAUGCCUCGUCCAAAGCGGCUGCCCUGGCCUUCCACGAGGGCCUGGGUCUGGAAUUGGCAGCUUAUUAUAAUGCGAAAAGGGUGCGGACCAGUGUCGUUUUGCCCGCAUGGGUUCGCACGCCAAUGGUCCAACGCCUGGUGGCCCACGGAUUGAAAGCGCCCAUGGUCGAACCGGACAUUGUGGCGGACGCCGUCGUGGGACAAUUGUACUCGGGUAACAGUGGACAGAUAGUCGUGCCGUCAUCGUUUUCCGCGGUGACAGGAAUAAGAGGCUGGCCGCAUUGGCUUCAUCAGAAGAUCUUGCUGGGAAUGUCGGAGAGCAGCAAAGAGGCAACUGUCUCUGCCAUGAACGCCGCCGGAGAAGAGAAGGGUACCAUGUGAAGCCGGGGUGCGAACGUAUAGGUCCACGGUACGAGACGACUAAUGUUGCACGGCGUUGAUAUUUUUGGUCUUCUUUGUAACCUUCCCCUGUAGGCUGGUCCGGGCAAGGUCAUUCCAUCUCGUCGGCGCUGUGUGUUGACGGGUUUCCAUAUCGAGUCAAUGUGGGGGUCUGCGGAGGUGCUUUGGCGGUUUAUUGAAGUCCGGAGUAUUCGCACGGAUAUUCCCCAAGCCAACUUCGUCGUGAGGUCAUGGUAUCCGCCUUACACCAAUUCAGUGAGCUUGACAGUGACAGUAAUACCAUUCAAUCACACCGGUUUUUGCGGCUUUUGGCCGUCGGCAGCCAUCAUACUCGAGGCAUCCAGCAUUCAUUACGGAAGGACAAAUCUCAGCGGGACGAACAGCCUGCAGGGUAUAUAAGUGCAUCC